AUGGUUCUCGGUGCGACCGCCCGCCGCUGGCUCCCCUACCUCAACUUUAGCGUCGCCGUGUCGGCCCUCGCCUUCCAGACGGGCGUGCUGUACCCCUGGCACGAGGAGCUGGACCACGAGUUCAAGAAGCUCAAGGCCGAGCACAAGGAGCAGCUCCACAUCUACCACGAAUUGAAGCUCAAGCGGCUGGAGGAUCUGGAGAGGAAGGUGGCCGCCGAGCGCGCAGCCCACAAGUCCUGGCUGCCGUGGCAGCGCGAAGCCUCGCCCAACUAA